AUGAUUCAUUACCACAUCGUCGUGACAGCCAUACUGUUCCAACUUCAAUAUGCCUCCUUUGCCGCAGCACAUGCGCAUGGGGACGACGAGUUUCCCGACGAAACAACGGGUAUGACCACCAGCUUGGAUAUACCUACGACAGCGGCGUUGUCUGCUCCGUCUUACCUCCACAACGAUACCAACCCGUACAGCAUGCCCAGCUAUGCGGGACAUUCUGAGUACUCAAGCAUGAUAAUAGCACACAUCGUUUUCAUGGUGAUUGCUUGGUUUUUCAUUCUUCCCGUUGGGGUUAUUUUCAGCGUUGCCAGAUCUCGUGGACUAGCGCUACUAGUCCAGGUGAUCUUCUUGGUCUUGAACGGUCUGGGUAUGGUCUUUGGGACCAUGUACAACAUGAAAACUCCAGAUUUAUAUGAGCACAACGCACACCACACCAUUGGUUGGAUUGCAACGUGGGCCAUGAUCGCCCAGACUACAAUGAGUGUGCUUGUUGUGUCUGUAGAGAAGAGAAAUAGGAAGAAGAGCAUUGGCGCUUCAGUGGAAGCAGGUGCCGAAAGAGCUGCAUUCCUACCUGCAUCGAGGGUCAACAUGCCUCAGCAAGGCAUGACUUUGUACACUGAACGCAGCCGUGAUCUGAGUUACAGACUCCAGGAUACCGAAAGCGUAUGUUCAUCGAUUCACGAUGACUCUGAUCCUUUGCCGGCUCUUGCGGAUUCAUAUCAACUCGACGAAAAUUUCAAAGACUUUGACGACGACCCGGAAACCCCUGUCCACUCGCUGGAAGUCUUUCUGCACCACUGUCUCAACGCCGUCGACAAUUGCCUCCCCACUCGACUCCCUCGAAGGUUGAUAUCGAGCACAUUGUCAAGGGUAUUUCACGUCUUGUAUCGAAUAAUCGACCGAACCAUUCUCAUCCUUGGUUUCGUGGCCUUAGUCACUGGGGGGGUCACUUACACCGGCAUCUUUCGUGGCAAGAACCUCUUCAAUGGCCUAGCUCAUUUCAUCAAAGGGGGCAUUUUCUUCUGGUACGGAUUGUUGACGCUGGGACGGUGGACGGGCUGCUUUGCGGAUUUCGGCUGGGCAUGGAAUGUUACCCUGGGCGCCCAAGUCGCCGGCCGUUCGAUCCCUUCGGCUGAAUUCGUUGAAUCCUUUGUGAUCUUCGUGUACGGAAGUACGAACGUCUUCCUUGAACAUCUCGCCGCAUGGGGUCAAGCCUGGAGUGCCCAAGAUUUGGAACACGUCUCCAUCUCGAUCAUGUUUUUCGGCGGUGGCUUGUGCGGUAUGCUUGUCGAGUCGAAAACACUCCGCAAAUGGCUCAAUACGCCCGCGCGAACAUCAAUGCCGCCACCAGCCCGCGAUCGUGAUGGGAUCGAUCGAGCACGAAGCUCCGAAGAAGCUCAAACAAUCCCAAAGUCCUACAAUAUCUCCACGAACCCCAUCCCGGCGCUGAUUAUCCUCCUUUUAGGCAUUAUGAUGUCUGCUCACCACCAGAACUCGAUGACGUCGACCACGGUUCAUAAACAAUGGGGCACGUUGCUCUCGGGGUUUUCUGUGGCGCGAAUGGUCACCUACAUGGCCAUGUACAUCUCUCCACCGACCUCAAUCUACCCAUCUCGGCCUCCCUCGGAGCUUGUCUCCUCGUUCUGCUUGAUCUCUGGCGGAGUUGUUUUCAUGGCAAGUACCAAAGACAUCGUCCAUUGGAUGGAGGCCGAAGGUUUGAUGGCAAUGUUCGUCUUCACUAUCGCGAUGGGGCUUACGGCCUUCAUCAUGGCGUUUGAGAUCAGCUUGCUCUCGCUAAAUGGCUGGGCAGCACGACGGGAACGCAAGAAGUCGAAAUCGACCGUCACUGGUGGCAAUUAGCCAUGGCCUUAACCUUUGAAGUCGAUGUGGUGGGUAACUCGCGUGAGAGAGGAAAUGUGGGCGACCGAGAAACGGUCCAGAA